UUCACCGUGUAGCCAGCUGGUUAAAAACAUCCCGGCAUUUCACCUGUUGAUGUGUAACUACGUGUCACAGUCACGCAUGAAAAUAUACGCUGUGAACAGCAGGACUGUCAAUUCCCCGUCGAGAGACGAAAUCUUAAUGGUACCUAACUGUGAGACCAAAGUGUCGAAACGCAACUAAACGACUUUGAGUAAGAGCAGACUGUGUAGGGGGCGAACGUAGCUAACAAGGAAGUGGUCAGCUAGCGAGCUAGCUCGAUUGACUAGCUGGUGUGAGAAGUGGAUUACAACGUCCAAAUGAAAGCUUCCCAGAUGCAAUUAUUUAGUUAGCGUGUAAGUUAUUAUCAGAAUAGCUAAUUAAACACGGAAAUUAUUGGCGGAGUAACGGAACAGUUACCUAUGGAUCUCGAUGUUGUCAAUCGACUAGACUUCUACAUUGGCCUCUCCCUGGCAGUCAGCUCCAGUAUCUUCAUCGGCGGGAGCUUUAUAUUGAAGAAAAAGGGUCUUUUGCGAUUAACGAAAAGGGGCUCAACGAGAGCUGGACAAGGUGGACACGCAUACCUGAAAGAGUGGCUAUGGUGGGCAGGACUCAUAUCAAUGGGAGCAGGAGAAGCAGCUAACUUUGCUGCUUAUGCCUUUGCUCCUGCCACACUGGUGACACCUUUGGGAGCACUAAGUGUUUUAGUGAGCGCGGUGCUGUCCUCCUAUUUCCUAAACGAGAGGCUGAAUGUUCAUGGGAAGAUUGGCUGCUUGCUGUGUAUCCUGGGCUCCACUGUGAUGGUCCUGCAUGCCCCACAGGAAGAGGAGGUGGCCUCGCUGAGCGCCAUGGCAGAGAAGCUUAAAGACCCAGGUUUCAUCAUAUUUGCCGUGUGCGUCGUGGUGAGCAGCAUAGUCCUGAUCUUCGUGGCCGCUCCCCGCUAUGGGCAGAAGAAUGUGCUGGUCUACAUCCUGAUCUGCUCAGUGAUCGGCUCCCUCUCUGUGUCCUGCGUGAAGGGCCUGGGCAUUGGCAUUAAGGAGCUGUUCUCGGGGAAGGCCGUGCUGAAGGAGCCCCUGUUUUGGGUUCUGCUCGUGCUCCUGGUGGCCUGCGUCAGCAUGCAGAUCAAUUACCUGAACAAGGCCCUGGACAUCUUCAACACCUCUAUCGUCACGCCCAUCUACUAUGUCUUCUUCACCACCUCGGUCAUGGCCUGCUCUGCCAUCCUCUUCAAGGAGUGGUUCCGCAUGACGGCGGACGGCGCCAUAGGCACGGUCAGCGGCUUCCUCACCAUCAUCCUGGGUAUCUUCCUCCUCCACGCCUUCAAGGACAUCACCUUCAACUGGGACACCCUCCCGCUUUUCCUGCGCCAGGAUCAUCGGGGACCCUUCUGGGGUCAGUCCUAUGCAGCCCUGCCCAAUCAGGAGAUGCCCAAUCAUGAGGGUGUGCAGCCCACUAGGAAGGGGGCUGCCAAUGGGUACUCGGUAGAGAGGAACAGUCACUUUUUGAAUACCUAAAUCCUUUACCAAAACCUUAUAUUACAAUGCAGUCAUAUUUUUCUCUUUUUAUGAGUCUAAUACACUGUACUUUUUAUUAACUAGCCACAGAUUGCCAUAAUGUUAGUGAAGUCUUCCAGGAAAAUGUGCCUUGGUUUUAUAU